AUGGACAUCCCACUCUCUUCCGACGCGCUCGACCUCUCGUUCCACCCUGGCGCCGACACAAACAUCCUGGCCACGGGCCUCAUCUCGGGCAAGAUACAGCUGGUCAAUUACGAUCCGCUCGUCGAGUACACCGCCCAGCAGGCACAGCGGAGGAAGCCCAGGCCCGCAAAGAAGAAGCUGCGUCGGUCCGUCUCGGCCAGCUCGGACGAAGAGGGCGAGGGAGACGACGACGACGACGGCGGCGAUGGGGCCAGCGCCGGUGCGGGCAGCCGAUCGUCGAAGAAGGCCACACGGGCGGGACUGCAGGAUGUCAAGUCUAGCCAGCGCGUCGGUGAUGACGGCGACGCGGCGGCAGAUGCGAUGAUGGACGAGGACGAGGAGCCCAAGCCAAAGCUCUAUCGGAAGCUCUGGAACACGCGGCCGUCGACCAAGAGCUGCCGCGGCCUCACAUUCGACACCGACGGCAGCGGCAUCCUGUCCAUCUCCAAGGACAAGGGCAUCUUCCUCCUCGAUACGGCGACGGGAAAGCAGAAGCAGGCGUGGAUCGGCGCGCACGAUGCGGCGCCGUCGCGCGUGCUGCCCAUCGACGAGCACCUCUUCGCGACGGGCGACGACGACGGCGUGGUCCGCCUGUGGGAUACCCGACGGCCCACAAAGUCGUCGUCAUCCUUGUCCUCGUCUUUGUCGACAUCGGCAGCGGUGCGGUCGUACGAGCACCAUUUCGACUGGAUCACCGACCUGCUCUGGUGCCCGUACCUCGAGCCCCCCAAGCAGGAGAAGCAGGAUGCGGCCAAGCUGGCGGCGCAGGAGACGAAGCGGGCGAAAAAGAUGCGCAAGAAGCGGAGAAAGCAGCUCGAGGCGGGGCUCGACGACGACGAGAUCGAGGCCAAGCAGGCGGCGCGGGACGAGGCGGAGCGCGAGACGGGGCGGAGCCGGCUGGUGUGCACGAGCGGCGAUGGGAGCCUGAGCGUCGUCGAUAUCCGGAUGGGCGGGAGCAAGGCGGCCGAGGUGUCCGAGGACCAGGAGGACGAGCUGCUCAGCAUCGCCCCCGUCAAGGGCGGCUCGAAGCUCGUCGUCGGCACGCAGCUCGGCAUGCUCAGCCUCUGGGCCCCCUCGCGCGGCCUGCUCGACCACGUCGACCGCAUCCCCGGCCACCCGGCCUCGGUCGAUGCCGUCGUCCCGCUCGACUUCGACACGGUCCUCACCGGUUCCAGCGACGGCCUGGUCCGCGUCGUCCAGAUCCUGCCGCACAAGCUGCUCGGCAUCAUUGCCGAUCACGGCGGCCUGCCCGUCGAGAGGAUGAAGAGAAAGGACCGAUGGGUCGCCAGCCUGGGCCACGGCAACGAGUGCAAGAUCACAGACGUCGGGCCGCUCCUCGAGGCCGACGACGGCAGCGACGGCAGCGACGACGACGACGACGACGACGACGAGGAAGACGACGACGAGGAACCGCUGGGGCUGCAAGGGUUGAAACAGGUCGGGUCGGGCACAGAGUCGGAGUCGGAUGACGAAGACGAGGACGACGAGGACGAGGAACGGCAAGGUGGAUCCGUCCAAGAAGAUAGCGACGACGACGACGACGACGAAGAAGACGAUUCGGACGACUCGGAUGACGAUCAAGACGAGCGGCCACAGGGGAAACUCAAAAACAAGGCCCAGUGGCACGUCACGCCCUCGUCGGGCAACGAGAAGACGCAAAAGGAUCGCGCCGACUUUUUCGCCGACCUCUGA